GGCGGCGGAAGCGGAAGUGUCCCGGCGGUGCGGUCCGCGGGAAGUGUUUGUAGCGUUUCUCCCUCCCCCUUCACCAGUACAACAAACGGAGGGCUGGCAUAGGUGCUUUGAAGUCAAGUAACCAAGAGGGGAGAUUUGCUCUUUGAUCCUGGAGAUAACACAACAAUGGGUCCACGGAAGAAAAGUGUUAAAACGUGUCUCAUGAAUAAUGAAAUUCCUGAGGAAGCAGUAUCUGAUGAAACAAAGGACUAUAUGAAUCAACUUUCACAUGAAGUGCUUUGCCAUAUUUUUAGGUACCUCCCCCUGCAGGAUAUCAUGUGUAUGGAGUGUCUUUCCCGGAAGCUAAAGGAAGCAGUCACCCUAUAUCUGAGAGUUGUGAGGGUUGUAGAUCUCUGUGCAGGGCGAUGGUGGGAAUACAUGCCAAGUGGCUUCACAGAUUCCAGUUUUCUGACACUACUAAAGAAGAUGCCAGAUGUUGAACAGCUAUAUGGCCUUCACCCUCGAUACCUUGAGAGGCGAAGGGUACGGGGCCAUGAGGCUUUUAGCAUUCCAGGAGUUCUGGAAGCUUUGCAGGCAUGCCCAAACUUAGUGGGUGUGGAAACUUCUCACUUGGAAUUAGUAGAAUCCAUUUGGACAUACAUGCCACAUGUUCAUAUUUUGGGGAAAUUUCGUAACCGUAAUGGAGCAUUUCCAAUUCCUCCUGAAAAUAAACUGAAAAUUCCUAUAGGAGCCAAAAUUCAAACUUUACAUUUAGUUGGGGUGAAUGUUCCUGAAAUUCCUUGUAUCCCAAUGCUAAGGCACCUUUACAUGAAGUGGGUAAGACUCACUAAACCACAGCCGUUCAAAGAUUUUCUUUGCAUCAGUUUACGAACUUUUGUCAUGAGGAACUGUGCAGGACCCACGAACUCCUUGAAAUAUGUCCCUUUAGUAACAGGCUUAGCCUCUGCCCGCAACUUGGAACAUUUAGAAAUGGUUCGAGUUCCUUUCCUUGGAGGUCUUAUACAGCAUGUAGUUGAAGACAGUUGGAGAUCAGGUGGUUUUCGAAAUUUGCACACUAUUGUUUUGGGAGCUUGUAAAAAUGCACUUGAAGUAGAUCUUGGUUACCUCAUCAUCACUGCUGCCCGUAGGUUACAUGAAGUUCGGAUCCAGCCUUCCCUAACCAAAGAUGGCGUCUUUUCCGCCCUAAAGAUGGCAGAGUUGGAAUUCCCCCAGUUUGAAACCCUUCAUCUGGGAUAUGUAGAUGAGUUUUUGCUGCAGAGCAGAAUGGCUAAUGCAGAUCUGGUGAAGUAUGGUUUGGCUGAUGUGGUGGAAAAUCCUGGUAUUAUCACUGAUAUAGGGAUGAAGGCAGUCAAUGAAGUUUUCUCCUGUAUCAAAUAUCUGGCAAUUUAUAAUUGCCCCCAUCUACAUAACCCAUACAAUUGGAUCUCAGACCACUCAAGGUGGACUCGAUUGGUUGAUAUCAACUUAGUGCGUUGCCAUGCUUUGAAGCUGGACUCCUUCGGCCAGUUUAUUGAAUUGUUGCCUAGCUUGGAGUUUAUUUCACUGGACCAAAUGUUUCGUGAACCGCCCAAAGGCUGUGCUCGGGUUGGUCUGAGUGCAGGCACAGGAAUUGGGGUUUCCUCGGCCCUUGUUAGCAAUCAGAACUCCAACAAUGACAAUGAUAAUAAUGCCCAGAAUAAUGCCAACAUCCACGACAACAAUCACCAUCACCCAGAUGACUCAGAUGAGGAGAAUGACUUCCGGCAAGACUUGCAGCCAGGAGAGCAGCAGUUUGCAGCCGACGCACUGAAUGAGAUGGAAGACAUGGUGCAAGAAGAUGGAGAGGUGAUGGCCGAGAGUGGACAUGAGACUCCAGCUAACAGUCAGGCAGUUAUUCCUGUGGAUGUUGACGAGGAACAAGCAGGACCCAGUGGUCUUCAGCGUGUAGUAAAACCAACCCCAAUUACUGUUCAUGACUCAGAGAGUGAUGAUGAAGAAGACAGCCUAGAACUCCAAGAAGUCUGGAUUCCUAAGAAUGGUGCCCGGCGUUUCUCUGAACGUGAAGAAAAAACCGGAGAGUCUGUGCAGUCCAGGGAAUUAUCAGCAGUAAGUGGAAAAGGCAAGACUCCACUUCGAAAGAGGUACAACUCCCAUCAGAUGGGCCAGUCGAAGCAGUUUCCUCUCGAGGAAAGCAGCUGUGAGAAAGGCUGUCAGGUCACCAGUGAGCAGAUCAAAGCCGAUAUGAAAGCAGCUAGGGAUAUUCCUGAAAAGAAAAAAAACAAGGAUGUUUAUCCCAGCUGCAGCAGCACCACCGCCAGCACAGUGGGAAACUCCAGCACUGCUUCUCAAAGCCCCGACUUUGUAAGGACGGUGAACAGCGGCGGCUCUUCCGAGCCUAGCCCUACAGAAGUGGAUGUGUCCAGGCAGUGUGUCUGCUCCCCCGGUGGGUCAGAGGACUCUGAGGCCAUGGAGGAGGGAGAUGCAGAGAGUUCUGUCUGCCCCAGAUGCUGCUGUCACAGGCCCCAGGAAUCCCAAAGGAGAACUAGCAGGUGUUCUGAUGAGGAACGUCCUUCAACCAGCCGAGCCUGUGUUGUGAAUGGCCCGGAUGGUACGAGAUCCGCCUUUUCCUUUAGGACUCUGCCACAAGGGGGGUCUUCAGGCCCAGCACAUGAUGAGAGGACUAAUGGGAGUGGCUCUGGGGCUACAGGUGAGGACAGGAGGGGGAGCUCCCAGCCUGAGCGCUGUGACGUGCAGUCUAAUGAAGACUACCCUCGGAGGCCCCUAACAAGGGCCAGGAGCAGACUCUCCCAUGUACCGCUGGUAUCUGAGUCAGAAGUUGCCAAAACAAAGCCACGUCAUGCCAUGAAGCGGAAGCGGACAGCGGAUAAGUCCACCAGUACCAGUGAUCCUGUGAUUGAGGAUGACCAUGUGCAGGUCCUUGUAUUAAAAUCCAAAAAUCUUGUUGGAGUCACUAUGACCAACUGUGGAAUCACAGAUCUAGUACUGAAAGACUGUCCCAAGAUGAUGUUCAUCCAUGCUACAAGAUGCAGGGUACUGAAACAUUUAAAAGUAGAAAAUGCACCAAUCGUAAACCGAUUUGAUUAUGCACAGUGCAAGAAACUGAAUAUGGAUCAGGUACUAGACCAGAUACUAAGGAUGCCUCCUGAGAGAAACCGCAUCAUAUACCUACGCCCCAUGCAGCAGGUGGACACACUAACAUUGGAGCAGAAGCUAUUUAGUGGUCCCUACCCUUAUCAUAUCUGUAUUAUCCAUGAAUUCAGUAACCCUCCCAAUGUCCGGAACAAGGUGCGCAUUCGCAGCUGGAUGGACACGAUAGCAAACAUUAACCAAGAGCUCAUUAAGUAUGAAUUCUUCCCUGAAGCCACACGAAGUGAAGAUGACUUAAAGAAGUACCCUAAGUAUCCCUGGGGUAGAGAAAUCUACACGUUGGAAGGUGUUGUGGACGGAGCGCCGUAUUCUAUGAUUUCAGACUUCCCUUGGUUGAGAUCACUACGGGCAGCAGAACCUAACAGCUUUGCCAGAUACGAUUUUGAGGAUGAUGAAGAAAGCACCAUCUAUGCUCCUCGAAGGAAAGGGCAGCUGUCUGCAGACAUCUGUAUGGAAACAAUAGGAGAGGAAAUUUCAGAGAUGCGUCAGAUGAAGAAGGGUGUGUUUCAGCGAGUAGUGGCGAUCUUUAUCCACUAUUGUGACGUCAACGGAGAGCCCGUUGAAGAUGACUACAUUUAACUGGCCCUCUUCUUUCUAGCUGUCCUGGGAGUGCUGCUGGGGCUGUCCAGCUGCCAACCAGCCCCACAGAGACUUGGGGGCAUGCAGUUGGGAGGCCCGGGCUCAUUUUGGUGUAUAGAAAAUGUAUCAGGAACAUUGAAGUUGUAUACAAAGAUUUGUACAUAGAGGAAAUAUACAAAGAUACUUCCUAAGUACCAGCUUUAUAUCAUAUGUUUAUACAAUUUAAUUUAAAAGUUCAUUUUAAUGAAGGCAGGUAAUUGGAAAGAGUUCAUUUUGUUCAUUUUUCCAGACUUAGUUCAUAAAGUAUCACUUUUUGGCUGAGCCCCCAUUUACUAUAUUCUUAAUAAUCACUGUCAUCCCCUUAAAUCUGUGCCUUUUUCUUCUCGAGCGAAGCUGUUUGAGUAAAUCUGUUGAAGAGUCUUUUUGUCUUGUGCUCUUUUGUUUUUACUAAAACUCCAGCUAAACCUUAUAGUCAGAGGCGUCUAUAUGUUUCUGUACAAAAUUGUGGUUCUUUUUUCUCUUGGUAUUAUAGUUUCCGUAUUUCUUAAAAUGAAGUUAAAAAGACUUAUGAGUUUGAGGGGGAAAUGGAAAAGUUUCCAAAGCAUUUCUAGUUAUUUAUUUCCAUAUUCAGUUGUGUAUAUGCUUUAUCUUGAAUAUAAAAAUAAAAGUUUAUUAAAAAUUUU